GGCCCAGACAGCUUGGCUCCUACAACCACGGUCGACGACCGCCAGCCACAGGGAACAGCAUGUCUUCUAUCGACCGCAAGGAUCGCCACCCGUCGUCGGGCUCGGAGGAUGGAAACGUCGUCGACCACGCGGCGCCACAUGUCACGGAUGAGGCUCCCCCGCGCACGUCGAUGCAGGGGGGCGCACGAAGGAACCACCUCAUCAAUGUGCAGCCCCUCAAGCGGUCUGAGAUGCAGCCCUCAUACGCGCAGGACUUGGGUGUAGGAGAAGUCGAGCAUGGCUUCUACGGAUCCAUGAUCAACUGCCUUGGUGGCGUUGUCGGUUUCCUAGGCGCAAUCCCUUGCUGCCCCUGCCCCAACCCGUUCAAGAACGUCCAGCAGGGGUCUGUUGGUCUCGUCACGCGCUUCGGCCAAUUUUACAAGUCGGUGGACCCAGGCCUCGUCCAGCUCAAUGUCUGCACGGAGGACAUCAAGAUCGUGGACGUCAAGAUUCAAAUCAGCCCAAUUGGGAGGCAGACCGUCAUCACGCGCGACAAUGUCAACGUCGAGAUCGACUCCGUCAUCUACUUCCAGAUCACCAACCCCUACCGCGCUGCCUUCGGCAUCAGCGACCUCCGCCAGGCCCUCAUCGAGCGCGCGCAGACCACUCUCCGCCACGUCGUCGGUGCGCGCGCCGUCCAGUCCGUCGUCACCGAGCGCGAGGCCAUCGCCUUCGAAAUUGCCGAGAUCGUCGGCGACGUCGCGGACAAGUGGGGUGUCUCCAUCGAGGGCAUCCUCAUCAAGGACAUCAUCUUCUCGCCCGAGGUCGCGGCAAGUCUUUCGUCCGCCGCGCAGCAGAAGCGCUUGGGUGAGAGUAAGGUCAUUGCGGCGAGGGCAGAGGUCGACGCGGCACGCUUGAUGCGGCAGGCGGCGGAUAUCUUGGCGUCACCGGCUGCCAUGCAGAUCCGGCAGCUGGAAGCAUUGCAGCAAAUGGCGCGCUCGGCAAACAGCAAGGUCGUCUUCGUGCCGAUGCAGCUGCAGAGCGAUGUUGUCGGCCAAAUGCAGGCCAGCGGCUCCGGCUCUGGCGUCAACGCCGGCCUCAUCCAGUCGCAGAGCGGCGAGUCUGCGCCGGGAGACUCCCAGGGCGGUGUCGGCGCUGUCAGCCGCGCAGGCCUUCUCAACAGCAUGUCAGAGGUCUAAGCAGUCGACUUCCCGUCUUCUUCGUGCUCGCGUUAUGCCCCUUUUACCCUCUAAUUUUCUGAAGUAUCUUCCGUAUUUCCUCUACUUGGAUUUCAUUUGCGUUCGCUCAUACGUACGCGUCUUGUACUUGUAUACUUGCCCGCCUUUGUGCUGAAUAAUGCUGCUUGUCAUGCCCUUGUACUUAUUUAUGUACACCGUGGAUGUUUCUUCUUACGACCUGACGACGGUUUUCACAAUAUGAUGCUCUGCUAUACCUGCGCCUGCACCAAAUAUUCAUUGCGAUGAAGUUGCUGGAUGAAGACGCCGCCAUUUGCUUAGCUAUGAAGUAUAGAUAUCGCUUGCCAGGGUCGAUGCUAUUCUCUUGCAUACGUUGCUUCUAGUGCCAGCGCCGACCCAUAGGAAUUGCUCAACUUGUAUUUUAGUCUUUGAUAACCUGGUCGCAGUGGCGCACCGUAACACCGACGCGUUCGGGCU